AUGGCGGUGCAUCGCGGCUCCGUCGCGGUCUCUUGGCGCUCGUCGGCGCUCGCAUGCUGCUGCCUGCCGUCCACGUCGCUCGCAGUGCCCAUUGCAGACUCGCAAGGCGAGGUGCUGCAGGAUUUGCAGACGACGUGGAAAGCAGUCAUCCCAGGCUGGCAGGCGGGGAGCGACUGCCAGCAACCCCAAGGCCUCACAUGCGAUUCAAACGGCAUGAUCACCUCCAUGCGGUUCGAUCAACUUCCUUCAUCGUCUUCUCUCACAACCGAUGUCGCGUGCCUAACCAGCCUCACAGAGCUGUCAGUGGACUCCAUCCCAUGCAUGGGCGUGCAAGCCAUCUCAUGCAUGGGCGUGCAAGCCAUCCCAUGCAUGGGCGUGCAAGCCAUCUUCUGCAUGGGCGUGCAAGCCAUCCCAUGCAUGGGCGUGCAAGCCAUCCCAUGCAUGGGCGUGCAAGCCAUCCCAUGCAUGGGCGUGCAAGCCAUCCCAUGCAUGGGCGUGCAAGCCAUCUCAUACAUGGGCGUGCAAGCCAUCUCAUGCAUGGGCGUGCAAGCCAUCCCAUGCAUGGGCGUGCAAGCCAUCCCAUGCAUGGGCGUGCAAGCCAUCUCAUGCAUGGGCGUGCAAGCCAUCCCAUGCAUGGGCGUGCAAGCCAUCUCAUGCAUGGGCGUGCAAGCCAUGCCAUGCAUGGGCGUGCAAGCCAUCUCAUGCAUGGGCGUGCAAGCCAUCUCAUGCAUGGGCGUGCAAGCCAUCUCAUGCAUGGGCGUGCAAGCCAUCCCAUGCAUGGGCGUGCAAGCCAUCUCAUGCAUGGGCGUGCAAGCCAUCCCAUGCAUGGGCGUGCAAGCCAUCUUCUGCAUGGGCGUGCAAGCCAUCCCAUGCAUGGGCGUGCAAGCCAUCCCAUGCAUGGGCGUGCAAGCCAUCCCAUGCAUGGGCUUGCAAGCCAUCCCAUGCAUGGGCGUGCAAGCCAUCUCAUACAUGGACGUGCAAGCCAUCUCAUGCAUGGGCGUGCAAGCCAUCCCAUGCAUGGGCGUGCAAGCCAUCCCAUGCAUGGGCGUGCAAGCCAUCUCAUGCAUGGGCGUGCAAGCCAUCCCAUGCAUGGGCGUGCAAGCCAUCUCAUACAUGGGCGUGCAAGCCAUCUCAUGCAUGGGCGUGCAAGCCAUCCCAUGCAUGGGCGUGCAAGCCAUCCCAUGCAUGGGCGUGCAAGCCAUCCCAUGCAUGGGCGUGCAAGCCAUCCCAUGCAUGGGCGUGCAAGCCAUCUCAUGCAUGGGCGUGCAAGCCAUCCCAUGCAUGGGCGUGCAAGCCAUCUUCUGCAUGGGCGUGCAAGCCAUCCCAUGCAUGGGCGUGCAAGCCAUCCCAUGCAUGGGCGUGCAAGCCAUCCCAUGCAUGGGCGUGCAAGCCAUCCCAUGCAUGGGCGUGCAAGCCAUCUCAUACAUGGGCGUGCAAGCCAUCUCAUGCAUGGGCGUGCAAGCCAUCCCAUGCAUGGGCGUGCAAGCCAUCCCAUGCAUGGGCGUGCAAGCCAUCUCAUGCAUGGGCGUGCAAGCCAUCCCAUGCAUGGGCGUGCAAGCCAUCUCAUGCAUGGGCGUGCAAGCCAUGCCAUGCACGGGCGUGCAAGCCAUCUCAUGCAUGGGCGUGCAAGCCAUCUCAUGCAUGGGCGUGCAAGCCAUCUCAUGCAUGGGCGUGCAAGCCAUCCCAUGCAUGGGCGUGCAAGCCAUCUCAUGCAUGGGCGUGCAAGCCAUCCCAUGCAUGGGCGUGCAAGCCAUCUUCUGCAUGGGCGUGCAAGCCAUCCCAUGCAUGGGCGUGCAAGCCAUCCCAUGCAUGGGCGUGCAAGCCAUCCCAUGCAUGGGCUUGCAAGCCAUCCCAUGCAUGGGCGUGCAAGCCAUCUCAUACAUGGACGUGCAAGCCAUCUCAUGCAUGGGCGUGCAAGCCAUCCCAUGCAUGGGCGUGCAAGCCAUCCCAUGCAUGGGCGUGCAAGCCAUCUCAUGCAUGGGCGUGCAAGCCAUCCCAUGCAUGGGCGUGCAAGCCAUCUCAUACAUGGGCGUGCAAGCCAUCUCAUGCAUGGGCGUGCAAGCCAUCCCAUGCAUGGGCGUGCAAGCCAUCCCAUGCAUGGGCGUGCAAGCCAUCCCAUGCAUGGGCGUGCAAGCCAUCCCAUGCAUGGGCGUGCAAGCCAUCUCAUACAUGGGCGUGCAAGCCAUCUCAUGCAUGGGCGUGCAAGCCAUCCCAUGCAUGGGCGUGCAAGCCAUCCCAUGCCUGCACGUGGGGGAUAUGCCUGGACCUGCAAGGCCCACGUGGGCGAUUAAAAAGACCAGUGCAUGCUCCUUUGCUGGCCUGAUGUGCACCACACCACACUGGCCCGUCUAUGCACCUUCUCUCUGCUGCUGCUUCCCGUCGCCCUCCCUUUUCCGCCUUUGCUGCUCCGCUUUCUGCCCUCUCUUCUCUUCCCCCUUUGCUGCUGCUUCUCCGCAUGUGCUUCAGCAUGCCACGUUGCCUCCUGCUGCUGCUGCUACUGCUACUGCUCCUGUUCCUGCUGCUGCUGCUGCUGCGGCUGAGCCAUUGCUGCCUCACUCUCCGUAUCCCCUUCCCCCCAUGCAGGGAGCUGCCUUCUAA